CACCAAAUAACAAUAUCAAACAUUCUUGAUCAUUAAUUGAUCUUAUCACUAUUUUUUCUUUUUUUGACUCAAUCUUAUCACUAAAAUGUGUCUUGAAAAAGUUGAAUUCACUGUGAACAUGACCAACGAGGAAACAGUGGCAGCUGCACUACCAAUGCAAGAACAUUGGCUUCCACUAUCAAAUCUUGAUUUGAUUCUUCCUCCUGUUGAUGUUAGUGUGUUCUUUUGCUACAAUAAACCUAGUAUUACUAUUGGCACCCCCCAUAAUAUUGUUGAGUGUUUGAAAAAUUCAUUAGCUGAGGCUCUUGUUUCUUAUUAUGCCUUUGCUGGUGAAGUUGUGAAAAAUUCCAUGGGUGAACCUGAGUUACUUUGUAACAACCGUGGUGUGGAUUUUGUUGAAGCUUUUGCUCAUGUUGAAUUACAAUCUCUUAAUUUGUAUAAUCCAGAUGAAACUGUUGAAGGGAAGCUUGUUCCAAAAAAGAAACAUGGUGUUCUUGCUGUUCAGGCAACUUGGAUGAAAUGUGGUGGAUUAGUAGUGGCAUGCACUUUUGACCAUCGGAUAGCUGAUGCCUAUUCUGCAAACAUGUUUCUUGUAUCUUGGGCCGAGAUAGCCCGACCCAAGAAUAAUAAAUCUUUCAUUCCAACAACACAACCUUGUUUUAGGAGGUCCCUUUUGACCCCACGGCGCCCACCUUCCAUUCAUCCUUCACUUUAUGACAUGUACGUCCCCAUCACUGAUCUACCUCCUCCACCUGCACCUGAGCUUGAAUCCGAUAUUAAAACCGAUCCAAUAAUAAGUCGCAUAUACUAUGUAACAAGUGAAGAACUCAACAACAUGCAAUCACUAGCCAACUCAAACAAUAGUGGUAGCGUUAAGCGUUCAAAACUUGAAUCCUUUUCCGCUUUACUCUGGAAAAUGGUUGCUGCGGCUGCUUCAACCGAUAAUGAAAAAAUCGUUGCAAAAAUGGGGUUGGUUGUUGAUGGAAGAAAGAGGCUAAGCAAUGGUGACAGAAACAAGGAAGAGAUUAUGAGUUCAUAUUUUGGAAAUGUGCUUUCGAUUCCCUACGGUGGUAGAUUGGCGAAUGAGUUGGUUGAAAAUCCAUUAAGUUGGGUGGCAGACCGAGUUCAUGAUUUUCUGGAGGAGGCAGUGACGGAGGAGCAUUUCUUGGGACUAAUUGAUUGGGUGGAAGAGCAUCGACCGGUUCCAGGGUUGGCGAGGAUUUACUGUGGUAGCACCGGUGGAGAAGAGGGCCCGACAUUUGUGGUGUCGUCCGGCCAAAGGUUUCCCGAGUCGAAGGUGGAUUUCGGAUGGGGGAAGCCUGUUCUUGGAUCUUAUCAUUUUCCUUGGGGCGGUGAUGCCGGAUAUGUUAUGCCAAUGCCUAGUCCUAAAAGGAAUGGUGAUUGGUUGCUCUAUAUGCACCUUCCUAAGACACACUUGCACUACAUGGAGGCUCGAGCUCCUCAUUUCUUUAGACCAAUCUCUUGGGAUUACCUUCUCAAUUAAUUUUUUUUUUUUACUUAAUUCAUUUCUUUGUUAAUUGUAUUGUUGAUGCUCAUGGUUUUAUUGUUUAAUAUAAUCAUAAAAAAUUUGUUAUUAAUAUUUUGAUGUGGAUCAUAAAUAUAAUGUAAUAUAUACCUACCAUUGUGUUAAA